GUCUGACGCGGUGUAGGAGAUUUAAUAAGAUCACGUAAUUCGAAUAUAUUUAAGCUAAAAUAACUUUGUUCUAAGUUGGAAUGUAGAGUUUAGUGAUUGUCCUUUCACGGUGGAAUCUCCCUGUUAUGACCUGAUUCAGAAUUGCAGAAUUGACCUGAUAAUAUCGUGUCAGAGCUGGAGCCAUGAUGAGACUCCUUGCAGGAACAGCACGCAGUGCGUUAUACUCACACUCCCGGUGUUCACCUCCAGGGGGCAGCAGAGCUUUCUGGGGCUGGCUCAACGCCGUCUUUAACAAGGUUGAUUAUGAGCGGAUUAAAGCAGUCGGUCCAGACCGUGCAGCUGCAGAAUGGCUUCUGAGGUGUGGGGCCAAAGUUCGUUUCUGUGGUUUUGAUCGCUGGCAGCAUGAUUACAACGGGCUUCCGACGGGGCCACUGGGUCGCUACAAAAUCCAGGCCAUCGAUGCUACAGAAUCCUGCAUCAUGUACCGGGGAUUUGAUUACCUGGAUGCUCUGGAGCAUGUAGAGGAGAUCAAGCUGCAGAAGUGUAUCUAUAUAGAGGAUGCAUGUCUGGAGCGUUUAAGUCAGACUGAAAACCUGCAGAACAGCCUGAGUAAGAUGGCUGUUGUCUCAUGUGGCAACGUGUCUGACAAAGGCAUCAUCUCUCUCCAUCACCUGAAGAACCUGGAGUACCUGUUUCUUAGUGACCUGCCAGCCGUGAAAGAAAAACAGAGAACAACAGACACACUACAGACAGCACUGCCCAAACUCACCAUAGAGCUGGACUUGGCUUAGUCAGUCACCACCCUUCUUGCAGCCUAAUUUAUCAAAUACAUGAAGGAUGUAAAUGCUGUAAUAAAAGUGUAAACAGUAA